CUACCGAGUGCGAGUGAGAGCCGCAUACCGCUUCGACGCAACGAGAGACGGCGCGACGUCCUCACACUGCGAACGGCGGUCGUCGUUGAGUUUUUCCGUCGACCUAAUGCAGAUAUUAUCGUUAUUUUGUUUAGGGUUUUGACGUACACAACGGUCGGUAUUGUACAUUAUUCUCAUUAACAUGUUUCGCGUUUCCAUAAAUUAUGUGCAGAACGUCGCCGUGCGCCAGUUGUAAUCCAUCGGACUCCGAACUAUGGGCAAGAAAUCCGCUCUGGUCCUGUACCCGCUGACCAAACUCACGGGGAUCUUGCGAAAGCACAUCUCGGAACAUGGUUUCCGUGUUUCCAUAUCCAUGGGAUUAGUUAUAAGUACUACAUUAAUAGUGGUAUUAGGAAACUAUUGGAAACGAAGAAAGUAUUCUCGAGAAUCUGCACCAGUUAUAAAACAUUAUUCCUACGACAAGAGAAAAGCUAAUGUUGAUGUACCUUCAGUAUCUAGUUUUCGAAUUUUCAGAACUAGCCAUAGAUCAUUAAGUCCAAGCAUCAAAUCCACCAAUCGGCAAACAUCUGUGAUAUCUUCAACUCAAGAUUCUCCAAGUCAUUGUAAAUCCUCAGAAGUUAAGUAUACUGCACCUCAACAACUAGGUGUAAUGGGAAUGGAAUCUUUAGCAUGCAGUAUAUCGUUUUGGGAAGAUGCAUUAACAGCAUUUUCUGGCAAUAAUUCAACAAUGGUAUCCAAUAAACUUAUGUCUACUGAAGAUUCUCAAUUUUGUAAGGAACUUCAACUGUUGGUGGAUUCUGCUUAUUCAUUGCAAGAUCAGUGUCAAUUACUUUUUUUAGAUCAAAGGUCAGUAUUAUUUCGUGUUCAACAAAAUGGAAAUGGUGAAACAUUGAAGUUUGAUGAUCGUCGUUCGUCAGUAGAUAGUUUUGUAUCGGCACGCACAGAUGUUGCAAAUUUAAGAGAAUUUGAAGAAUUAAAUUUUGACAACUAUUAUUUAUAUCAAAAUGCUUUAAGAUACUCUGAAAUUGAGGGCAUAGCAUGCAGGACUUAUCGUACAACAUUAGUGAAUUGUGCUUCCGACAGAGAAUAUGUUUGUAAAUUGCACUGUAUUCGACAAGCUUUCGAAAAUGUAUUCAAGAAUGAAAAAAACUCAAUGUGGUUUGCUGAUUGCGGGAGACGUAUAUUAACUGAUAUAUUUUUAUUUGCCGAGAAAGACCCCAAGGAUUUUCUUUUAGCUUAUGAGGAGAUGUUGAGUUGGGCAAAAACUGAUGCACACUGGACAGAGGCUGAAAUUGAACUGUCAACCAGGGGUGUGAAAAAAAUGACAUUUUAUGAUAUUGUUAUGGACUACAUUUUGAUGGAUGCGUUUGAAGAUCUUGAAGCGCCUCCAACUUCAGUGAUUGCCGUAAUACAAAAUCGUUGGUUAUCAAAAGGAUUUAAAGAAACUGCAUUAUCAACUGCAGUAUGGUCAGUCCUCCGUGCCAAGCGUAGUAAAUUGAAAUACCCAAAUGGUUUUAUGCAUCAUUUUUACAACAUAUCUGAACAAAUGUCACCUUUACUCGCAUGGGGCUUCUUAGGUCCUGAUGAAGAACUGAGCAGAAUAUGUUUGUUUUUCAAAGAUCAAGUCAUUGAAUUGAUGCGUGAUAUAUUCAGUUUUGAUAAAUGUCGGUACACCACCAAAGAAGAACUAUCUUCAGACAUGUUUGAGCAAUUCAAAAUACGAGCAGAGAACAUCAAUAAAAUGAUUGAAAUGAAAUGUAGUUUAGAUGUUAAGUCUUAAGUAUUGAUCUCUUGAUUUUAAUUGAGAUAUACAUUUGCAAAGUUACCAGCAUUUGUUUAACAUUGACACUUAAUGUAUGUUAUUUAUUUAUUUUAUAAUAGUUUUGAAUUUAAUACCUAUUAUUAUUUAUUUUGUUGUAAAAAUAUGACUUUUUAGUUUUUAUUACAAAAAUGACUUGCUUUUAGAUCAGUUUAUUUUAUUCAAUAGCAUUAAUAAUUGUGAUUUUAAUUAAAUGGUUUGGUAUUAAGUUUAAUGGUUGAAAUAUAAAGUUUUAGUAGAUUUAAUUUAAUAUUAUUAUAUAUUAUUUUAUUGGAUUAUGAUUUUUAUAUGACGUGUUCAAUAUUGUGUAUUAAUUGUUAAGGUAUUAAUAGAAUCAUUGUAAUGAUUAUCUUUAAUUUACAUAUAUAUUGUAUUUACAAAAUAUAUUUUAUAUUUUAAUAGAGUAGAAAUAAUUUAACAUAGCCUUGUUAAGACCGAUUAUUAAGGUUAUAAAUGACAAUAUUAUCCUAUUCAUUCUGUAAGAGAUAAUAAUCCAUAAUAUAUUUUGACAAAUAUUUUUUUUUUUUUGUUGAAUAUGCUAUGAUAAAUUAUUUCUACUGUUAAUUGAUGUAAAACAUAAUAUAAAGUACUUACAAAUGAUAAAUUACGAAGUAUCAGUGUAAAUGGAGUUAUUAACAGUCUUAUACUUGUGAUUUAGAUUGUAAGUUUUAAUUCUACUUUAUUUUAAAACAAUAUAUUUAUCACUAGAUAUAAUUGUUUUAUAGCAGGGGUCACCAAAUGUCACCUUGUUGACACACAUUAUCUGGCCUGUAAACAGGAAAUUUAUAGUGUAUAUUAUGGUGAAUUAAAUAAUAAUUAUAUUAA